AUGGCAGCCAAGGGAUCAUAUCCGUCAUUCGCUUCUGCGCCUCCCGAGGUGCCACACACCGACGUCUCCUUCCCUACAGACUAUCCUCACGUCAUGCUCGUGACGCUCAACCGCGCCGAUGCGCUCAAUGCCAUUCCGCGCCCUCAGCACUAUGCCCUAGAGCGUUUGUGGGAUUGGUUCGAUGAUGAGCCAAGUUUGCGCGUCGCUAUCAUCACUGGAACUGGGCGUGCCUUCUCUGCUGGGGCUGAUUUGAAGGAGUGGGACAACAUCAACAGCGAUGACAAUGGGCAAGUCCCGUCUGCCCCCAGCAACCGAAGAGACAGGCCAUCAGGGCGUUUCCCCCGAGGCGGCUUUGGCGGCAUGUCGAACCGAGGGGGACUCAAGCCCAUCAUUGCGGCUGUAAAUGGUAUAUGCUUUGGCGGUGGUAUGGAAAUGGCCAUCAACUGCGACAUGAUUGUGGCAUCGUCGGACGCGGCCUUUUCAUUGCCCGAAGUCACCAUUGGUGUCAUUGCCCUCGCUGGUGCCCUCCCGCGCAUCAUCCGCACUGUUGGCCGUCAGCGUGCGAGCGAAAUGGCCCUAACUGGAAAACGCUACACGGCCCAAGAGAUGAAGGAAUGGGGAUUGGUCAACGAGGUUGUGCCAAAGGGCAAUAUCGACGGAGGGGCCAAGAGGACAUUGGUACUCGAAAAGUCCUUGGAAUGGGCUAGCAAAAUCGCCGCGAAUAGCCCAGAUGCUGUUAUUGUAAGUCGAGAGGGUCUGAAGCUUGGAUGGGAGGGUAUCGAUGCGGAAAAGGGCACCGAGACGCUUCUAAGGGGUUGGUAUAGCAAGAUUGAAAAGGGCGACAAUAUGAAGGAAGGAGUCAAGAGCUUUGUAGAGAGAAGGAAGCCAAAGUGGGUGGAUAGUAAGCUGUGA